CAGACGACAUUAGAGCAACGCGGGAGCUGCAGUGCUGCCACUGUCAGAGGGCUUCAGCCGCGACGUUGUUUGGACUGACCUAUAAAACUGUGGCAAAUUUAAGUGGACUGCUUCGUAGCGCCAAAUGUAUCCUCCUUCUUGGCUUUAUCCGUAAAUGAAUAUCGUAGUUUGGAAGAGACACCAUGACCUAGUAGGAGGAUAAGCACGCAUGAAUGGACAGCACAGACACUGAAGUGCACUCCACUGAAAGGUGACUUCCACCAUUUUCACCUUCCCAAAACUUUUGAAUAUGCCAGGAAGUCAUAAUGAGCUCCAACAGCACAGACCUUGGCCUGUACCUGACCGUCAGCUCCCCAGGAAUGGGCAUUGACGACCCAGACACCAACGCUCUCCACAAGGACAUCUGGCAAGAGCUAACCAGCCCCGAUGGCAAUGACUCCAUCAGUGGCCUCUUCAAUUUUACAGGGUCGCACAAUGAGACAGUGACCUCUCUGACCUAUGACCCUCUUGGGGGUCACACAGUGUGGCAGGUGGUCCUCAUUGUCUUUUUCACCGGCCUCCUGUCCCUGGUCACCAUAAUCGGCAACAUCCUGGUGGUGGUAUCCUUCAAGGUAAACCGCCAGCUCAAGACUGUCAACAACUACUUCCUGCUCAGCCUGGCCGUGGCUGACCUCAUCAUCGGGGUCAUCUCCAUGAACCUUUACACCACCUACAUCAUCAUGGGCCAAUGGGCGCUAGGCAACUGGGCCUGUGAUCUGUGGCUGGCUAUUGACUAUGUGGCCAGUAACGCAUCCGUCAUGAACCUGCUGGUCAUCAGCUUUGACCGCUACUUCUCCAUCACCCGGCCACUCACCUACCGGGCCAAGCGGACCACACGGCGGGCUGGCUUGAUGAUCGGCAUGGCCUGGUUCGUGUCCCUGGUCCUGUGGGCCCCAGCCAUUCUAUUCUGGCAGUACUUUGCGGGGGGGCGCACAGUGCCCCCUGAUAAGUGCUACAUCCAGUUCCUCUCAGAGCCCAUCAUUACAUUCUGCACGGCUAUUGCUGCCUUUUACUUGCCUGUCACUAUUAUGAGUGUGCUCUACUGGCGUAUCUACAGGGAGACGCAGAACCGCGCACGGGAACUGGAGGGCCUGCAGGGCUCAGGGAGCCGAGGGAGGGUUGGAGAAAGGGCUCACUUCGUCCACCACCAGGCUGGGAGUGCCAGGAGCUGCAGCAGCUAUGAGCUAAGCCAAGUUUCCCAGAAGAAGACCCCCAGCCAGGCGCUGGCCGCACGCUUCCACUGUUGGCCCAUGAUGUGCUCCUGGAGGCCUGGCAGCGCCCGGCCCAUAGUGGGGGAUGCCGACCACAGCAGCAGCGACAGCUGGAACAACAACAACGCCGGGCUGUCAGUGGACCACUCGGGCUCGUCUGAGGAUGAGGAGAGAAAUGGUAGAAGGAUGAUGCCCCAGGACCACACCAUCUUCUCCAUAGUGCUUAACCUGCCAGGGAUGAAGGCAGCCGUCAACUCCCACCUCACCUCCUGCGAGGACCUGGACAUAGCCUCAGAAGAGGACACCCUGAGAGGGGAGGAGGACAGUCGGGGCAGCCUCUCUACCAUCACCACCACCACCACUACUACCACCCCUGAUGGGGCCAACACAGACACCAACAGCUACCAACAACGCUUUUCCUCCCGGAUCUCCAGAGUCCAGUCCAUGCCUGCCAUCCAGGCCACCAGAGUGGGGCCACUCUCUGGCUCCCCUGCCACAACCACCAAAUCGCCCUCGAUGCCGAUCUCCUUCAGAGAGGCAGCUCUAGCCAAGAGAUUUGCCUCCAGGGCACGGACACAGAUCACCAAGCGCAAGCGCAUGUCUCUGGUAAAGGAGAAGAAGGCGGCACAGACCCUCAGCGCCAUUCUGUUUGCCUUCAUCAUCACAUGGACACCCUACAACAUCAUGGUGCUAGUCAACACCUUCUGUAAUGGCUGCAUCCCCGAGGCUCUGUGGGCACUGGGAUACUGGCUGUGCUACGUCAACAGUACCGUCAACCCCAUGUGCUAUGCCCUGUGCAACAAGACCUUCCGUACCACCUUCAAGAUGAUACUGCUCUGCCACUGGGACCAGCGCAAGCGGCGGCGGAAGCAACAGUUCCAGGCACGGCAGUCCGUAGUGUUCCACAGGAGAAUUCCUAAAAACUCAACAUAGUGAGAUAUAGACCCAGUGGGAAUCGGGUGAUGAAGAUGAUGAGUCUCGAAUCUGACAGCUUUGUGGAUAGACGAGGCAUCCUAAAGAUUCUGUCUGUGGUGUUUAACUGCACAGAGAUUCACAAGGAGGCAGCCAUGUUGCUGCUGUGAUGGCUGAUGUUCUCUGUGUAGCCACAACUUCCCAAGUGACAUAUUCCUAUGUUUCUUUAGGAGAGCUCCUGUGGUGAAAGGUUCCUCUAGAUUGAUCAUUGCAGAGAAGUGCAGCUAAAAAGACUGACAGUGAAAACCAAUAGAGCAAGGGCUUUAAAUGCAUAGGCGGACAAUUCAAAGUUCAAUUGAUACCGAGGGAGAUUAUAUGAUGUACCAUUUCUAAUGGAUUUGGGGUUUUCCAUUUCUUACCAUUCAUUUUGUGGUAGUCAGAUCUGUAACGUACAGAGCAGUUUGGAUUGUCAAAGUCAACUGCAUCUGUACUGUAAUAUAGUAUAUAAAGCAAAGGCCAAAACAUUUUGUGUCAAUAGACUGCACUGUAUUGAUUUUGAGCUCCCUUUUGGCUAACUGAAUUUGAUUUAUUUGUUAUAUAUGGGUUUGUUUUUACUCUGAUGUCUGUACAUUGCCUUCCACUUGGAUAUUGCUUUCUUGAGUCUUAGACGAUGAGAUGAUUUAAAACAAAAGUGUCCUAUUUAUGACGACCAGUUUUUCAAAGUUUUUGGUUGUUUUUGUAUAUACAUUGGUCUAUAGUUUUUCCUCUAUAGAUUCUGCGCCAGUCUGAAAAAAAGUUGAUUUUGACCAUUUUACGGCACUUCAAUGAGCUGCUCGUGUUCAAUGUGAGUUGUUGUUUACAUGGUAGAGACAAUAAGUGAAACAACUUAUUAAAUUGUUGUUUACGUUGAGUAAUGGUAUAUUGCUAUUUCUACCUUGAUACCUAAAGAUUGAUUGUACACUAAAUAGAGCAGUCACUAUGAAUUGUAAUGUUUUGAUUUAUUAGAUUAUAUUUGAAAAGGUUUCUCCAUUUCUUCUCACUGGCUGUCCGAAUGUAAUCCCCUCACUAAGAUAUUGGUCUGUGGUCCCUAGAUGAACACUCUCUUUCUCCUAGAGGAUUUAGCAGUGCCACAGCAGCAUCUGCUGGAUGAAUAGAAUUAUACACUAGUAACUUUCAACUUACUUCCAUCAGGGAAAUGCUGUUGUGGGGCCAUAAAUGGGAGAUUGGGUGGGUCAAUGUCUGUACUCUACUUGACUCCUCUGUGCGCCUCUCCUCCGUUACCUGGAAACCGAAAAGUGGUAGCCAUACAGUGCAUCCGGAAAGUAUUGAGACCCCUUCACUUUUUCCACAUUUUGUUACAUUACAUGCUUUUUCUAAAUCGGAUUGUUUUUUUCCGUCAUCAAUCUACAUGCAUCAAUCUACUCCCCAUAAUGACAAAAACAGGUUCAGACAUUUUUGCAAAUGUAUUUAAAAAAAAUAAAUAUAACAUUUACAUAAGUAUUCAGUAUCCCUUUACUCAGUACUUUGUUGAAGCACAUUUGGUGAUUACAGCCUCGAGUCUUCUUGGGUAUGACACUACAAGCUUGGCACACCUGUAUUUGGGGAGUCUCCCAUUCUUCUCUGCAGAUCCUCUCAAGCUCUGUUAGGUUGAAUGGGGAGCGUCGCUGCACAGUGAUUUCCAGGUCUUAGAGAUGUUCAAGUCUGAGCUCUGGCUGGGACAUUUCAAAUACAUUCAGAGACUUUUCCCGAAGCCACUCCUGCGUUGUCUUGGCUGUGUGCUUAGGGUAGUUGUCCUGUUGGAAGGUGAACCGUCGCCCCAGUCUGAGGUCCUGAGCACUCUGGAGCAGGUUUUUAAUCAAGGAUCUCGCUGUACUCUGCUCCGUUCAUCUUUCCCUCGAUCUUAGCUAGUCUCCCAGUCCCAGCUGCUGAAAAACCUACCCACAGGAUGAUGCUGCAACCACCAUGAUUCACCGUAGGGAUGUUUUCAGGUUUUCUCCAGUCGUGACACUUGGCAAAGUGUUAAAUCCUGGUUUCAUCAGACUAGAGAAUCUUGUUUCUUUAGGUGCUUUUUGGCUAACUUCAAGUGGACUGUCAUGUGCCUUUUACUGAGGAGUGUUUUCCGUCUGACCCCUCUACCAUAAAUGCCUGAUUGGUGGAGUGCUGCAGAGAUCGUUGUCCCUCUGGAAGGUUCUGCCAUCUCCACAAAGGAGCUCUGGAGCGCUUUCAGAGUGACCACCAGGUUCUUGGUCACCUCCCUGACAAUGCCCUUCUCCCUGGAUUGCUCAGUUUGGCCGGGCAGCCAAGUCUAGGUGGUUCCAGACUUCUUCCAUUUAAGAAUUAUGUAGGCCACUAUGUCCUUGGAGACCUUCAAUGACGCAGAUUUUUUUUGGGUACCCUUCCCCAGAUAUGUGCCUCCACAUAAUCCUGUCUCUGAGCUCUACAGACAAAUUCUUCAAGCUCCUUGCUUGGUUUUUGCUCUGACAUGCACUGUCAACUGUGGGACCUUACAGGUGUGUGCCUUUCCAAAUCAUGUCCAAUCAUUUGAAUUUACCUCAGGUGGACUCCAAGUUGUAGAAACAUCUAAAGGAUGAUCAAUGGAAACAGGAUGCACCUGAGCUCAAUUUCGAGUCUCAUAGCAAAGGGUCUGAAUUCUUUUGUAAAUCAUUUGUAAAUACUUUUGCAAAAAUGUCUAAAAACCUGUUUUUGCUUUGUCAUUGUGGGUUAUUGUGUGUAGAUUGAUGAUUUAAAAAAAUAAAAAUAGAAUAAGGCUGUAACUUAGAUCCACCCAUCCCGGAUCCAGUAUAUUUGUCAUCAGCAGCGCUGAAUAGCAUAGCGCAACAGUCAAAUAAUAUUACUAGAAAAUAUUAAUAUUCAUGAAAUCACAAGUGAAAUAUAGCGAAACACAGCUUAGCCUUUUGUUAAUCACCUGUCAUCUCAAAUUUUGAAAUUAUGCUUUACAUCGAAAGCAAUACAAGCGUUUGUGUGAGUUUAUCGCAAAACAAUAAAUACACCUAGCAUCAGGUAACUUCUUCACAAAAAUCAGAAAAGCAAUCAAAUUAAUCAUUUACCUUUGAUGAUCUUCAGAUGUUUUCACUCACGAGACUCCCAGUUAGACAGCAAAUGUUCCUUUUGUUCCAUGAAGAUAUUUCUUAUAUCCAAAUACCUCCGUUAGUUUGGUGGGUUAUGCCCAGGAAUCCACCGGAAAGAGCGGUCACGACAACGCAGACAAAAAUUCCAAAUUAUAUCCAUAAUGUACACAGAAACAUGUCAAACGUUUUUUAUAAUCAAUCCUGAAGGUGUAUUUCAAAUAUCUAUUCGAUAAUAUAUCAACCGGGACAGUUGGCUUUUCACUAGGACCGGGAGUAACAAUGGCCGCCUCUUUCUUUUGCGCACAAAUCACUCUGAGAGCCCCCACCUGUCCACUUACGCAAUGUGGUUGUUCACGCUCAUUCUUCAAAAUAAAAACCUGAAACUAUGUCUAAAGGCUGUUGACACCUUAGGGAAGCCAUAGAAAAAGGAAUCUGGUUGAUAUCCCUUUAAAUGGGCAAUAGGGAUGCAUAGAAAGACAGGGGUUGCAAAAUAAGAGUCACUUCCUGAUUGGAUUUUUCUCAAGCUUUAGCCUGCAAUAUCAGUUCUGUUAUACUCACAGACAAUAUUUUUACAGUUUUGGAAACUUUAGAGGGUUUUCUAUCUCAAGCUGUCAAUUAUAUGCAUAUUCUAGCAUCUGGUCCUGAGAAAUAGGCCGUUUACUUUGGGAACGUUAUUUUUCCAAACAUAAAAAUAGUGCCCCCUAGCUUCAAGAAGUUUUAACAAAAUGUGGAAAAAGUCAGUGUCUGAACACUUUCCAAAUUCCCUGUAUGUAGGAGAGUUUCAAUUGGUUAAGCAAACGGAGGAGUUUGCUCCUCUCCUCUGGCCAGAAAUCCAAUUUGAGAUUAUCCCAUAAAAUCCCAUAGCUGAGAACAGAUACAAAACUUAGACCUGCUAGAUAUGACAUAUGGAGCUGAGUAGUGGUGCUUUUCAUUUCAGUGAUUUCCAAAAUUGAACAUUUCUAUCAAUUGUACAUAAAGUUAUUUGGCUGUGCAAACAGUGUGAUUUAUGGUGAUUUCUAUACAUGUUUUAAUAUCACGCAGUGCUAAAAUAAUGUAAUAGUUACAUUUGAAUGUAUUGUUAUUAUGUGAUGCACAAUGGUUCAGGCCUAAAUGUGAUGAAUACUGUUUGACAUUUUUUUGCUGUUUAAGAGUAUGUAUUACACUUAGGUUUGUAAAGGGAUAGUGAAAGCAAAUACCAUACAUGUACCACAGGCAUGUUGAGUAUGUGAUAUCGAGUAGAAUAACAGAAUGCUACCAUGUGGGGAAACACUUUCUAAUAACGAUCAGACAGGAACGUUAUUACAAAGUGUCACCCAAUAGGGUAUGUAAGCCAGAUAAUGAUGAAAGAGAAAUUAUUCAGUGUCUGAAUUGCCAAUGGAUAUUUCAGCUGCUUUCAACACCACGUGCUACGGUGUUAUUAUACUCCUGAUCAAGGGAAGUGUUUAUGUUUGAGAUGUGAACUACCUGAAGUAAGAUAAAAUUACUAACAAAAUAUUACUUUCAUAGUUUUUUGUUACAUUUCAAGUAUGCUAAUCGUAUCCAUGUUAUGUCAAUAAAC